CGCCGAAAACACGAGCGCUUCGAUGGUUAGGUGUAAUGUCUGUGUCUCUUCUUCUUCGUCUUCGUUAUCGUUAUCCUCGCGAUGGGUAGAGAGCAGGUUGGGGGAUUACUUCAAGAGAAUGGGCCCAACCAUCACCCAACCCCAGCAAUUUAUCUCAUUCCAUUCGCCUGCACCUCAUCCGCUUUCCAUUCAGUUCUGUUUCAUUGUCCCCUGAUUUUUUGUAAACAAAUUCUACCUUUCCUCUGCACUAUCUACCUGUAGUGAAAGUAUCUGCCUGUACCUUGCAAUUGUGAUUCUGCGACAAUUCUAAACUUAAUGAUAGCUUUCCUUACUAGCCUUCGUUAUUUAAGCAGGGCUAGGCGGUUACGACGGCAACGUGCCAAGACUUGAAUCCGAUCUACCAUGGGUGACUGGGAUUUUUACUGUGCUCUUUGCGCUGCUCCCUUUCAUACAUCCGGCGUCGAAGAGACCCUGAGGGAUUUUCAUGUAGACGAAAGUGAUCAAAAAUUCUUCGUUUGGGCUCACACGUUGCAGGUAAUAGCUCACAAUCCUCAGGCGAGUGGGCUUUCUUGCUGUUAUAUAUCCGGCGAUGGACGUUGCGACUACUAUGGCACCGCCAGAUGCAAACCAAGUGACGAUCCCAACUGUCCCGCUCUCAGCGAUGGCUCGGAAACUUUCGAUGUUGAUACAUAUUACAACUACGCCUCAAUGCAGGAGGGUGCUAUCCCAGUGCACAGGAACUGUUUGGAGAUAUUUAAGAAGGCCCUGGCCCAUGAAAAAGGAGUAUCGUCCUCGCAAAUGGGUUCAGUUGACCUCGACCCAGAUAUCCUUUUCAGUGCGAUGCGCUCUAAGCGGAAGUCAAAAGGACUUCGAUGUCUUGAUUUGGAUUAUUUUGAGCUCGAUGAGGUCAAACGGGAGCAGUAUUUCUAUUUUGACGUUGAAACCUCGCCCUUCCUUUUUGAUCCCCUGCAUAUAAAAGCUUUAGAGGAUUAUAUUAAUGUUAUGCCUCUUUCAAGUCCUUCACUAGGCACCGAUUCUGCACCUUUUCAUUAUCCCUCAUCCCGCGACCCAUUCAUUAACUUGCCCCCCGAAAUCCUGACGGAAAUUCUUCUCACUCUGUCGGAAGAUUCAUUCACUGCGCUCAUCGCUGCUUCCCCUGCUACUUGCCAAGUUCGGCUCAUGCCAUCUUUCUGGAGGAAACGUGUCGAGAUACACAUGUCAUGGUCAUGGGAAAUCAUUGCUCACAUCGCUUUGAGUGAACAAUUAUACAACUGGGAAAAAAUCUACAGCGAUCUUGAGAGAUUCUCGAAAUUAGACAAAACGAGCGGAAAAGAUUUUCUUGGGGUCGCCAACCGUCGUCGCAUUUACAACGUAUGUCGGCAACUUACACCCAGCUACGUUCAGUUGGAGAACGAAGCUCGGGUGGCUUCUCCCACAGGUGAUUCCGAGGAGAUGCUACGAACCGCCAAGUGUCAGCACUUUGUCAGCGUGUCGAUGCCUCUCGUAUCUGCCUUCAACUCGACCAACACAUUCGUGCUUCACCGGUGGUCUGAUAUUGCUCACGAAGAAAAAGUGCUGAACAUAUCUUGGAACAGCUCAGGUGCCCUCGCUGGCAUAGCCUUGACAAUUCGUGGUGUCCGGUCUGUGGUCGAAGGUAGUGAGAUAGGUGCUGGUGCCGUCGAGAGCCUGAGAACUAACACACUAGUCAUACAGGAAGGAGACUGGAUCGAUGGAUUCUUGUUCUUCAUGUCAGCGCCGGAGCCCAAAAUUAUCGGUGUGACUGUCAGAACGUUGCGUUCUCCUGGCACAACCUUUGGUUCAACGAAUGGGGCGGGUCUACGAUUGAUGUCUGUAGACAACGGGAACGUGUUCGUGGGGCUCAAGGCCGCUGUUACAACAGACUCUAUCUCAAAACUAGGAAUUUUGGAAUGUCCUCUCCCAUCCAGCGUUGAUCUUCCUCCGUCGCCUCCAAAAGUAGAUGCAGCCACCAGAAAGAUGAUUUGGAAGAAUCAGCUUCCUCCUUCAAGCGUUCGGGCCCUCCCUUUCCAUAUCGGAUACAACAACUGUGGAGACGAAGCCACCGAAAGCGGUCAAAUCAUGGAAUUUCUGAUUUUCGGUGAAUCUGAAGCAAAGCUGCGCACGUUAACUGGAAUUGCCGUGUCGGCAGAUUUUUUGGGGUUCUUCGCAUUCCACAACGAUGCAGAGCCUUCAUUUAUCGGUUUAUCGAAGAAGAAUCUCAAGCAUUUCUCGAUUGACGGACCAGGAGGGGAACGGGUGGUCAAGUUAAGCUUAGGUGUUGGUUCAACUCCUGUGGGACUCAAGGUUUUGACAAACCGAGGUCGUCAGGGUAUAUUCGGGAUGCUGCGUGAGAGUAACUGCUUGAUCCACGAUUACGCUGCUAGUGAAACAACAACUUCUAAUGCUAAUGAAACAAUAGCUGGAGUAUAUGGUUCUUUUGAAAUCAUCAGAGAAUAUUCACGAUUUACCGCUUUCGGUGUUCUCCGCGCCCCGUCUACGUCAUCUGAGCCUCUACCCUCUUCCAUUACUAUAUCGCCUGGCGCCUGGGACCCAACUCCCCCUCCACCCCAUUGGCACGCCGAAGGACCUGUUUAUGGAAGCAGCGAGCACUACGCUCUUACAUAUCUCGAUCUGACGAAACCCAUCUCGAAGAUAUCUGGUCUACUCGCUGCUCCCGAGUGGUACGAUAUCGUCGAACUCGGCGGCUUCGUUGUCACUUAUGUGGACGGAUCAACCUGCUACGUCGGUAUGCCCACUGAUCAGUGGAGGGAAGUCAAGGACGCCGAAUCUGCUCCAGUGGUUGUCAAACGACACGAAGGCAUGUCGCAUGGAGUUGGUAAAGCCGACGAAGGUGUGGUUGCUCAUGUCACUACCGCGGAAGCUCGGCUGCAGAACCAUGACACCGGUGCCGGUGCAUGUUGGGACCUUGGGAUAGACGGGGGUCAUAUUUGUGAGGUCACGGUGUGGGCCGGAAAGUACCUCAAUGGUGUUCAGUUUCAUACUGAUGAUGGGAGGGCGAGUCCGAGAUGGGGGAAAUGUGGUCAACUCGCGACUGCGGUAAUUACCACGAAGCCAGAUAAUGCGGUACACACCGGAGCGGUUGCGGUGAAAUUUUACCUGGACUCGGAUAGGGAUCAUUACAAUGCUUCUGAUGCACGACCACUAGGGUUACAAGCUUUGGUAGCCACUUGAUAACUUUUAGUCAUUACUCUCGUGACACUACUGGAAACAAACAAUUAUGAUUCUAGAAAGAAUAGAUAUUCAAGAUAGGGGGUGACUAUUACUUAGAGGAUAGAAUAUGCCCGUUGACAAGUUGGCACCUGAGGAAACCAUCUUUGACUAGUUAACACUUGUUGGCAUGGUCGUAGUGGCGAAGGUGAUUUAAUAGGUGCGAGC